AUGAAGCUUCAGGACACUGAAAAGCUAAUCGAAGCCGUAAAAGAGCAGACAAAAGACGAAUUCGAUGAUUAUGUCGACACUGUCUUCACGGCUCAUCGAGCAGCUCGACACGGUUAUGAUGAGGUUUUUUUUCGGAACUAAAAGGACUUUUUCCUGAACUUUCUUUAUGAACCUUAAAAAUUCAAGACUCUUCUGUGGGUCAAACAUGGGCAGGUUCAAACCUCAUUCAGCCCGGGAGAAAGGGUUGGCUCACAAAAAUUUUGGAAAACUAGGGGAUCAAAUCAAAUUGCGACCUCAGGAAGGUAGUUUUGACCACAAUAAUGAAAGUUUGAGCCUCAGGGGAGUAGAAUUAAACCAAAUUUAGAAAAUCUUGAGAGGAGGGGUCGGCGGCCUUCAGAAAUGGUCUGCCCUUGUAUGCUGGGGACUUUUUUAUUAUCAUGAGAACCUGAUAUUAUUUAUAAAAACUCCUUGAAGAUAAUUAAGACUUUUUUGAGAUUCAGUACAUAUUUUUUAUUCUUUUAAAACUCGUCCAGGACGCUCUGACUUGGGACUUUUCCCUUUUUGAGCUUCCUUACAUCCUGUCAUCACACAAAAAACUUAUUAAACGCUCCAGCUCGGGACUUUUCCAAAUUUUAAGCGUCAUUAGGGUCUAUUUCUAUCCUACAACUUUUCUAGAACGUUUUGACUUGGGACUUUUUCAUUUUUCAGCUACCUUACGUCCGUUUAUCGCACUAAAAAACUUAUUAAACGCUCCUACUUGGGACUUUUUCUAAUUUUAAGCUCCAUUACAACUUAUUUAUAUUUUAAAACCCUUCCAGGACGCUCCGACUUGGGACUUCUUGCUUUUUAAGCUUCAUUACAGUCUGUCAUCUCACUAAAACACUUAUUAAACGCUCCUGCUCGGGACUUUUCACUUUUCGAGCUUCAUUAGGGUCUAUUUCUAUCCCAAAACCAUUCUAGGAUACACUGACUUGGGACUUUUUCAUUUUUAAGCUUCAUUAAAGCCUGUCAUCACACUAAAACACUUAUUAAACGCUCUUGUUUAGGACUCUUCCAAUUUUUAAAAUUUAGUGAAGUCAAUUGCUAUUCUAAAAGCAUUCUAGGACGCUCUGUCUAGUGAUUUUUUACAUUUUCAAGCUUCCUAAUGUCCUUUUAUCAUCCUGAAACUCUUAUUCAAGGCUCCUGCUCGGGACUUUUCCAAUUUUUAAGCUUCAUUGGAGUCUAUUUAUCCUACAGCUGUUCUAGGACGCUCCUGCUCGGGACUUUUCUAAUUUUCAAGCUUCAUUACAACUUAUUCAUAUUUUAAAACCCUUCCAGGACGCCCCGACUUGGGACUUUGCCAACUCCGUAUUUUUCACCACUACAAUGCUUACUUCAAUUGGCUACGGUUACGUGGCGCCGAGUACGUUUGGCGGUCGACUUUUCGGUGUCAUUUAUUGUUUGAUCGGUAAGUCAUUUCUCAAUUUGAACCUUUGAAAAAGGUAUAUUCACGGCUAGCUUGGGACGCUGAGGAGGCGUGGCCUGUCUGCGCUCUCCACAAACCAAGCACUAUCUCGUUUAUUAUCGUGUCAGGACCCUUUUUUGAUGGCUCAAGCCAGCCGUGAAUCAGCUAUAAAGUUCGAAUCGUCGGAAGUACUAUUAAACAAGGGAGCAUUCAGGGAAAAAAAAAGCUCGGUCUCUCAUUUUUGAACGCUCUCUAACAACCGAAGACUCAAGAAACUUUAUUCUCGGGCUUUUUCCGUCUUUUCUAACGUUCUACUCAAAAUCUAUCACAAUGGAUUCAAAAAAAUUAUUUCUUUAAAUACUCCAGGAAUCCCCCUGACACUCGUAACAGUCGCCAACGUCGCCAAAUUCAUAUCCGAAUCGAUUUUCUUGGUUCACUACGAGUUAUGGAAAAGUUGGAUGCGCUGGAAGGUGUGUUUUUACAACAAAAAAACUUUUCCAAAAAUAAGUUCAGGCCAAACGGAAAGGCGAAGUCGAAACGGAUCCGAAUCAACCAAUGUUUGCUGACGAUGAGGAUGAGCAGGUAAAAAAUCAGGAAUCACUCUUUUUCGUUUUCCUGUGAGCUACAGAACCCUUCCUUUCGAUGCGCGCGGCUUUUUUCUGUGCAUGUGCCUUUAAUAAAACGGAAAUUUGAGGAUAAACUUAAGACGCAUGUCCAGAACAGGAAGAAUUUAAGGAAAACAAAAAUCCUGACAAGCAUAGACUGUAACGUCCGCUUCUAGCUUGAACUUGAAAAAUUCUGAAAAAUGGUCCAAAGCUUAGAAUCUUGCAAAAAUCAACGCUACUGAUUAGGAUAAUCUCUUUCAUUGAAAUUCUAAUCAAGGUACAGUGAAAACCUACCUUUUCGACCAUUUUUUCGAAAAUUUUUAAAAUCUUCUAUUCACCGGUAGCUACUCGCAUCAUACAUGGGAAAAAUAGAGACCUCAAAGCGGGAGAAAGGGUUAAAUUACGAAAAAUUAUAGAAGAGGGUAAAAAAAAUGAAUUUUAACCCAAGGAAGGUAGUUUUGACAGAGAUACAGGUGAGUUUUUAUCACACGGGGGGUUGGCUUUCAAAAAGGCCAUACUUGCAUUAACCUCGGUUUUGGCCGCAAACUGGGGAUGGGACUUGACAAAAAAAUUUGAAAGGAGCGGGGGGUGGAAUUGAAAAAUUUAAAAAAAUUUUUUUAGGUGUGCGAACUGAGAUAUUUCAUAAAAUGCACUAUAAAAAAAAAGUUUUUUCUCAAAUCAACAAAUCAUUGUGAUUUUCGGAUUCAGCGUGGUUGAUUUAAUCUAGAAACAUGUGAAAAGUUCAAUUAGAGUUGAUGAAAACGCGAGAGAGUCAGUCGGAGGCCGAGGCAAGGGGGGGACUUGGCUGACGCCAGGCUCACUCAUUCCAUGUAUGAACGUUUUCUAAAAUUCCAUCACCUUUUCCCUCAACAAACUGCCAAAACUUCAGGAAAUCCUAGACCGGGUCAAACUGGUCCGUUUCCCGCCAAUCGUCGUCUUCGCCUUCGUUUUUCUCUACGGCUUAUUGGCUUCCUACCUUGUCAAGGUAUAGCUUUAUUUCAAAACUGAGCAUGAAGAAAAAUUCAGAGAGGCGAAACUUGGACGUACGUCGAGAGCAUGUACUUCGUCUUUAUCAGUAUUUUGACCGUUGGUGAGACUUUUUUCAAAUAUUUCAAAAAUGCGUUCUUCACCUAUAUCCUAAUUUUGAUGAUAAAUAAUCAAUUCAACCAAAUUUUCCAGGUUUCGGCGAUUUCCGACCAUCGGCUGGCAAUAUUUGGAUCACUCUGGGCCUUGUUUUAGGUAUUUUCUUCCUAAUUUUGGUUUUUAGUCGUUUCAUCGAUCAUUUUUCGAAAAAACAGUUCAAACCUCAACUUCCAGGAGGCGUAAUUCUGACGACCAUGUGUAUGGACGUCGUUGGGCGGAUGUAUCUGAAAGAAAUCCAUUAUUUGGGUCGAAAACUCAAGAGCAACAACCCAUUCUACCUCAUUCGGGAGGCAAAAGCGAGGUAAAUAUUUAAGAAAUCAGAAUUAAACUGAUCAAUCUCUUUUCAGGAUCAUUAUUAUAUAUACAGCUCCUUCCAGAAACACACACUAGGCUUUUAAGAAACUUAUGAGCUAAUUCUGGGGUAGAAUCUAACGAAAAGUCGAUUCAGAUUUAUUUUUCGAUAAUUCAAGGACUUCUAUCGGGAAAAAUUUUUAGUGGCCACUAUAGGGUUUUGACGCUUUAGUGGCCACUAUAGCAGUCGAAUUAGUGGCCACUUAAGGGGUUAAAAAUUAGUGGCCACUAUAGAGGUCUAAGUGUUACUAAACCACUAAAAAUUUUAGUGGCCACUUUAGGGGUCAGUGGAUCAACAUAACUGGUCCAGUCUUUUUUAAAAUUAUCAGAAUUACUGGAAGGAAUACUGGAUGAAAAACUACUAAAAUGGCCACUCAAACGGAAGCUAGUGGCCACUGAAAAUUUUCCCAGACCCUUUAAAAACCCUACCCAGACUUUGUUAUAACGAAAACGUUGACAUCGAUCCCGAUAGAAGUGCGCUUUAGGAACAUCUUCAAGUUCAAACUAUCAUUUUUUUGGAGUUUUUGUAGUUUCAUAUUCUCUUCAAAAUCUCCUCACUUCCAAAGUUUUUUUAAGAAAAACAAAAUGAAUUUCUCCCAGAGUUUGUAUUCCAAACAAGUUCAAGACUGAAAAAUAGUCAUUCUGAGAAUUUUCCAGACGACGUCGCGCCGCAAUGGCUUCUCUACUGGCCCAACUCGCCAAGGGAAUGAUUUUCGCUCAUAAAGACUACAGCGAGUUGGCCAGGAAGAAGUCGAAGAAAAAGAAGGUCAAACGGCGUGGAAGCCAUGUUUGUGAGUUUUCCGUAAAUUAUUCUUGUUGAAGCUCCCAAAUAAUCUCUUUUCAAGUCUUUAUAGCCUGUUCACGGCUGACUUGGGACAGCGAACGGUUUAAUUUUCGCGGCAAAGGUAGAUCAUGGCGACCAUCUAUGCGCCUUCCAUAAAAGCCCAAUUUUAUGACUUAUUUAUUUUUAUUUUGUAUUUUUUUUUUCGAUUUUAAGAACAUCUAAAAACCAAUGAGGUGAAUGUAAACAAAAACUAAAGUCAAUAAAAACAGAAACAAUUCACCAAAUGAGGCUCUUGUUAAAGGCGCAUGUAUGAACGCCAUGAUCUACCUUCGCCGCGAAAAUUAAACCGUCCCUUCGCUGUCCCAAGUCAGCCGUGAACGAGCUAUAGUUGCGCUCCAAUGAAGUUCUUUGAUGAAGCAAUUCCUUAAGGGAAUUUUUUCUUUAACCUUCCACUCUUAAAAGAUCAAAAACACGAAAUAAAAUAAUUUUUUUCAGUACCCAAUGAGAAAUUCAUGUUCGCCCGGCUGCCACCGGACCCACCCAGUGAUUGUCAGGUACCUCUUUUUUCUAAAUCGCUUUGAAAAUCUCUUAACUAGAGAGAAUCUCGCUUUUACAGUAUUUCAUGUUGUUCUAUGUAUCCGAGUAAAAUAGCGAUUCGAAAAAUAUUCAACAAUGAACUUUUUAAAAAAGACUUGAAGAUCAAUUCUAACAAAAUACGAGUAAGAUAGACCAUAAUUCUAAAAAUCAUCAAGAAAAACGUGAAAAAAGGCGUAUUCUAAUUAUUCAUCUUUUUUCUAAUGCCAUGUAAUUCGUAAUUCACAUCCUUUAUCACAUUUACCUACGAAAUCGAAGAAAAAACCUGAUAAGCGGAGAAGAAUUGCAAGGGAUUCCCCAAGAAGAAAGUUUCUCGAGUUGAGUGGUCCCUUAAAUAGAAUAGAUUACACUAAAGUGAGCACUUAACUAAACACCUUUGAGCGUUGAAAAGCCGGCUUUAACGCGUUCGAAGAAGCAAUGACUAACGGGAAAAGGAGAUAAAUUUGGCGGGGGAAAGUUCAAAUUUGACCUGUGACCACCUUUCAUCUAACGAAUCAUGACUUACUCUGGGCGCCUAAAGGCCGCCACAACUCUUUCUCUGAUACACACUAUUUCGUCGUUAUCUAGCUGCGAGAAAACGACGAAACAGUGUAUAGCCUAUUCCACGCCAGCUUUUCACGUUUUUCUUCCCGUCAAAAAGACCGUAUACCAAAUUAGAUCAAAUUUUUUAUAAUGGCAAGAAACAAAGGUCUUGAAGCGAAGUUGGUCAAAUUCGACCUGGCCUUUUGGCGGAAAGAAAAACGUGACAAGGUGGCGCGGAAUGGCCUAUAGGUCAGAGAACGGGUUAAUCGGUCUUUAUGCGCCCCACGUCAGAGUACUUCUCCAACUUUUCGUGGAUUCAUAUAAUUUUCCCAACUUUCUUCUGUCCUUCUCAUAUGCUGGGAAAAUUUUCAGUGGCCACGAUAGAGGCUCGCCAAGGACUACUUGGAGAGGACACUAAAGUGGCCACUAAACCCACCUCUAUAGUGGUCACUAUUUACCGUUUUAGUGGCCACUUCAGUAGUUUUUCAUCCAGUAUCCCUUCCAGUAACUCUGAUAAUUUUAAAACAAACAGAUUGGACCAGUUAUGAUCCAUUGACCCCUAAAGUGGCCACUAAAUAUUUUUUUUGGUCUAGAAGUAGCACUUAGACCUCUAUAGUGGCCACUAACUUUUAACCCCUUGAAGUGGCCACUAAUUUGACUACUAUAGUGGCCACUAAUUUGACUACUAUAGUGGCCACUAAUUCGACUACUAUAGUGGCCACUAAAAGUUAUCCCAGUGACUGCACUAUUUUCCAUAAAACAAAAAUUACAGUACCAUCUAUUAGGUUUUUUGGUCAUAACUGUGUACAAAAUAACCAGAAACGGUUGAAUUUUUGAAAUUUGAUGCUCCGAAAUUUGACAAGAUUCUCAAAUUUCAGGUCGUCAGUACAUCGGCCUAUUCAGUACGACUUGCCUGGGCGCCGGCAUUUUCGACCGAUUCUGAUCUGACCUACAAUAUCAGAUAUCGAUUGAAGUUAGAAAUAUAAUCCGUUCAGAUUUUGAAUGUCAAGUGCAAUGACGUCAUUCAAAAACACUCUGUGGAUGGCUCGCUCUCUGAUUGGUUUAUCACGCCAUUAGGGGCGGAGCUUGAGCGACGACUUGACAUUUUAAACCUGAACAGACUAUAUCUCUCGAAAUCAUUUUCUUUCCUGAUAUUUUUGAAAAUCUUACACAUAGUCUGUUUUUCGUGACUUGACUUCUCUGCGCCCUCCUUGUCUCUCGACGUCUCUCUCAUGUUUACGUGCUAUUUCCAUGUUUCCCUGACCUCGCCAGCGAGGGAACAGAGAGACGCAGACAUGCGAAAACUGUCGGAUGGACUAUAAAAUGUGAAAAACUCGUGAAAUUCUAUCAAAAUGGCUCCUAAACUCCAAAAAUUCCUUUUUGAUCUUCAAGCCAAGCCAAUUUUAGACACAAUGAAGACGCAAAGACCCGAGAACUCCGGGGAAUCAAAGGGAAUGCGGUGGAAAUAAUGAGCGUUGAUUCCUGCUCGUUAUAUGAAUUUCGAAUCACGGCCGUCAGCAAAUUCGGGGAGAGCAAACCUGUAUAUUUGGUCCAAUACACAGGUUUCUUUCUUUUUUUCGUAAAUUCCGAUGGAAAAAAAUUCCAGAGCCUCAACUGAGUCCACAGCACAUUUUGGCGACUCGUCUGAGCGCAAAUUCCAUCGAACUCACCUGGGAGCCGCCGUAUAAAAAGUCUCAUGAAGUUAAGGUAAAGAGGAUGUUUUUAACCCUAAAGUGACCACUUAAAAAAUUUUUCAAGGACACUAAAGUGGCCGCUAAAGCCACCUCUGUAGAAGUCUUUAUUUUGGGUCUUAGCGGCCACUAUAGUAGUUUUAGUGACCUAGUAGUCGCACUAAGACUUCUUAAGGGGCCACUGACUUUUAGCCACUUAAGUGACAUUUAAUCCAGCCACUAUAGUGACCACUGGAUCUCCAAAACCCUAAUAUCGCCAUUGAAAACUUCCCCGGUUCGUUAAAAUUGCAAACUGUUCAGUUUUCAGUCAAGUUUAAUAUUUUUCAACUCUUCAAGAGCAUUUUUCCUGUACUAUUUUUGAGUUGAAAUUCAAUCUAAAACAAAUUUUUCAGAACUACAUCGUCUACUUCACAGAAAACCCGAAUGCAUCUCUAUCCGAAUGGGAGAAAAUUCCAGUCAAUGGACGGAGAGUAAGAUUUUCACCCAGACUUAGAAUGGCUCGAAGCGCCCGACCCAAAAUGACUUGCGCCCAAGAUUUGAAAAAGACGCUUCGAGCCAUUCCAAGUGCGGUCAUUUUUGAUCAAGAAAAAUUUAGGUAGUAUUUCCUGACCUCCGCUUUGACUGGUUCUACAUGUUCAGGUGGGAUUUAUUGAUUUUUUUCGACAAAAAAUUAAUUUUUCAGUGCAACCGCCGUGUUCAAAGACGGCCAAAGGUCGCCAUUAUCCAGGGCGCUUUUCAUCAAAACCGACAAAAUCGAAUUUCACAAGCAUUGUUGGUUUUUUUUUUCAAAUUAGAAAAAUGGAAUCGAUUCCAUUCAAUGCUAUCUUACUAAAAAAAAUGUCUAAACCUAUUUUUAAGUCCUUUUUUCGUGGCAGCUAGCGGUGAAUGGACUAUAUCCCCGUUACUUCGAAAAAAGCGUCUUUUGAGACAAAAUUCGACUUUUUCCGUACCAAUACCAUUUUGCACAUGACUCUACAUUUAGAAAAUCACAUGAUUUGUGAAAAUUGAGAAUUUUAUUGAGAGCACCAACAAGGGAGGUCAUUUUACUCGGGAAUUUUCUGAAAAUCUGUCACAAUAUCCCUUGAAGUACCAAAUUAAGGCCCGGGAAGUUUCAAACUGCACUUCCUCCUAGUUUUCAAGAAAUAGCCCAAAACUGGCCUUUUUGACUAAUUUUGAAGGUUUUCUUUGACUCUGGGCCCUAAUUUUAGCUUGAAGUUUUCAGAAUCCUUUUUUGGGUUUUUUAAGGAGUUUUUUCUGGCAGAUUUCUCAGAACCGUGAAGUGAAAUGAUCUUUCUUGUAAGAAAAAAAGCGAAAAGUGCUCAUAUUUUCCAAUCUAAUCAAUAAAAUCAACUUCAGGCGUUGGUCAGUCAAGAACGAUAGAAGUUAUGGAUUCGAUUUGCGACAAGGAAGAAACGGAAACGACGGCCCUACUCAAAAGAGACUACGCCUCAUUUGCUGUCUGA